AUGGUGAUUUUGGCGCUAUUGUUGUCGGCUGCCGCUCUCGUAAAUACAAUCAAAUGCUCGCCAACACAGGCAAUUCCUUCACCCAGAACUUGUGAAGCAGAUACCAAAUUAGUAUCCUGGAAGAUCACAGACUUCGAAUGGCGUACGGGGUACACGGUGUGGACAUAUUAUAUUGGUGUUGGCCCAGCACCUCCGCCGCCACCGACCCAGUUCUUUAACUGCGGCGAGGCAAUGAUACGGAUGAACAUCACCAGAGUGGGCGGUAAUGCCAGUUCCAAAGUCAAAUCGACUUUUUCACAAGAGCAGAUCAUCCCAUGCGUCGAGCAGACAAACGACGCGAAGCUCGCCAAUAUCACGAAUAUGACGGACUACAAUGCAGGACCUGAAGGCCCUCCACCGCCUAGUCCACACUGGUUUACAUGCGACAUGGACCAUCAGCUGUUCAUCUUUGCUAACGGUACUACGAGUGUUUGGGGAAUGGCCGAUCGAUUGGCGAACUUGACUACCAAGAUCCGCAUGGACCCUGUGAACAUGACACUCGAAAUUGCGCAGAGUUGGCCUGGUGACGACGAAAGAGUACAGAGCCAGGUUGAGCUUACAGGUAUCGCUCAUUUGCCCCCAUUGUCGUGUAGCCCGCGAACGAACCUUGAACCCGACGCGAACUUCCUGAUCAAUUCGCCCGUGAUGCACGGUUACGGGUAUAAUGCGCCAGUGCUUAAUGGCAGUUGGUCCGGCGACAUAGCAAGCUCAUGGCCCAGCCUCCGCGCCCAACUAACAGCCGGUCUCAACGCCGGUCUAGCCGGCAUACCCUGGUGGACAACAGACAUAGGCGGAUUCCACGGCGGCGAUCCCCGGUCGCCCUCCUUCCGCGAGCUCUUCACGCGGUGGUUCCAAUGGGGCGCCUUCUGCCCCGUAUUCCGACUACACGGGGACCGCGAGCCCCAACAGCCGCGCCACGGGACGACGGGGGGAUCGCACUGCCUGUCGGGCGCGGCCAACGAGGUGUGGUCGUACGGCGCGGAGGUCUACGCCAUCUGCGAAUCCUACCUCUUUUUGCGGGAGAAGCUCCGCGCGUACAUCCGCGGAUUGAUGCGCGCGGCGCACGAGGACGGGGACCCGGUCAUGCGGCCUUUGUUUUACGAUUUUCCGCACCAGAGGGAUUUGUGGGAUGUUAGUGACGAGUACAUGUUUGGGGGAAAGUACCUCGUGGCUCCCGUGUUGUAUGCGGGACGGAGGGAGCGGCGCGUCGUGUUGCCGCGCGGCGCCGAGUGGCAGAUGAUCGGUGUCGAUGGCGAGCGGGUCGGUCCCGUUUACUUCAGCGCGGGUGACGAUGAGUUUGCUGUCUCGGUUGCUGCGCCGUUGGAAUACAUGCCUGUAUUUGAGAGAAUCAAUUAG